AUGGCCAACAUUUUUCGACGUCUGCGCAAGGCCAUCAAGUCCCGGCGGUCCGCCUCUAAGAAUAAAGACACCGUCAUUAACAAUUUGAACCGCGAAUUAGCCGGGCUAGAACAAGAACUGGCUCAAGCCAUUCAUGCAUUAAACAAUAUUCAGACGCAGCUCGAGCACGACCCUAUGCCCGCACACACCACCUCAGGUAACCUAAAUCUUGCUAUUCCCCCUUUCCGACCUGAUUCGGAAUAUCAAUCUGACAUUCCUAGAACAAUUUCGCCAACAGAGAGAGUGCCAACCUGUAUCGAUGAUAUCUGGCUCUGUUCAGACAGUGAUUCAUUCCUAAUAGACGCAGAAGAGCGGUGGCGGCAUAAUGACCCAGAGCUUGCAAUGGAGCUUGCCUCGCGAGUCAUCAGUCAUGACCCUUUUCUGUGUGAACUCGAUGAGAUGCGAUGUCGACUUUUUAUCGCUGCUGUUCAACACUAUCUUCGCCAAUAUGAAGAGUCUAUGGCGACCCUAGAGAUGGUUGUGCAAAUUAAUACCUGCUAUACCGUCUUCAAUAAUCCAGAAUCUAGUAUUAUCACCGGCAUUACUCAUUUUAUCAAAGGAAUGAACCUCAUGAAACUUGAAAGGUUCCUAGAGGCUUAUUGGUCGCUUUCGCGAGCACUGUAUAUCCCAGGCUACAGCGAAAAGGCCCGUGAGUGUCAAAGGGAGGCUAUCAUUGGAUUUACUCGCAUAGAGGCUGCUGAAUUUGAUUACGCACCGGCAGCGUCUACCCACGCAUUAUUAGACUGGGAAGAUAGUGACUCAUCUUGA